CAUGUAUCAACCCUUGGCACAGCAAGCACGCCUCCUCUUGACCCCGUCUUAGUCUGAUCCUUCCCAUGAGCCAACCACCAAGCACACCCCGAGCAGGUCCCAGUGAUACCAGUGGCGACAAAUCAAACACCCCACCACUCCCGGUACCACCCCUCGCACGUACCCAAUCACACCAUUCUACCGCCUCAAAGACCUCGAAGCCCAUCUCUCGCACCAGCUCCCAACCCCCUUCAAACCGUGAAGUUAUACUGCUCCUCGCAGAUGCAGAGUCUGCCGUGCGCGACCUCCGCGCAGAUGUCUCUCUUUUGAAUUCACAAUUAUCAUUCGAACAAGACCGUGCUGAUAAUGCAGAGCUUAAAGCAAAGGAAGCAUGCCUACGAUUCAAAGAGGCCAAUGAUGCGCGCGUAGUCUCUCACAGCGAGAUCGUACGUCUGACAGAGGAACUCAGGUUAUACAAAGACGCACUCGAACAAGCCCAGAAGGAGAUUUUCCGCGCGCAGGGCGUGAUGAAGGAUGUCGAAGACAGGAGGAGGGAUGCAGAGGAGAGCGCUGCAAAGUCAAGGUCUAGAUUGCGCAAAUUGAUGGAGGAGAAGAUGAUCGAAGUCGCUCGUGAGGAGGGCCGUAAACAGGGCCUCCAGGAAGGACUGGAGAUGGGGAAGGAUAUGGGGUACGUACAUGGGCGCACCAAGGGUUAUGCACAAGGUCGAGUUACAGCAGAUCGUGUCCUCGAACGCUACUUUUCUGCCCCGAGUGAUGACGAAGGUAGCGAUUCGAGAGGUGGCUCUGGUGAGGCACAAAACACCCCGCGAUUCAGACAAGAACCAGUAUCGCACACUUCCAGUGAACAAUCACGUCCUCGCACGCCUACACGCCCCCGUGCACAACCUCAACCUCAACCGCAACCGCAACCUCAAUCGCAACCACGGCCACGGCCACAGCGACGUCCAACCCAGACCUCAUCUGCACGUAGUACCAUGUUCUCCCCUGCCAACGCGCUGCACGACGUUCCCACAGACGGUUGGAUCCCAGAAGCUGAUUCUUCUCUCAUCAUCCGCUUGCCACCUCCACACGAGUUGGACCGCUCGCGUCGUACGCCUUCCCCCAUUUAUUCGAGUCCUGACACACCAUUGCGCUCCCUGCCUCAAGAUCCUGUGCUUAUGGUACCAGAACCUCGAACUCCUGGUGCGCCGUUACAUUCGAUCCCUGCUUCGGACUCUCGUAACCAACGAACGGUACGUCGGAGAGCUUCGGGCACGGAAAGCGUGACCUCUACGAGAACGUCCGAACUAGAUCUGCUUAGUCCUCCGGAGCAUCCUCGAUCCAGCGGGCUGAGCGUCAUUCCCGAGGUUACGAGCGUACGUGAGCAGAGUACGCCUAGUAGCCGGAACAUGAGAGCGACUGUAGAAGAAGAAGACGAGGCUGGCUUCGUACAUGUUGCUAUGCCGGCACCGCGUUCGUCUAGAGAACAAAUUCGGCAGCAGAAAGCACCCUCUGCUACAUCAGCAGCUAGAUCGCCAGCACAAGAAUCAACACGUCCGAUUAGUUCAUCGUCAUCUGGUACCGUCAACAUCACGAUCCAACCGCCCUCACGUCCCGCGUCUAACAUGUCGCAAGUGACACCGUCUGGGCAGCGCCCGUACUUCCUCAGUCCUGCAGACGCCGACCGCCCAUUGCCACCGCCACCUUCGUCGUAUUCCCCAUCGCCAGCACACGUCACACCGUCGAUGGUGCCUAUACCGCCUACAGGUAGCACGAUGUAUUCAAGCUUACCUUCAGGCCUCCCACCUGGGUUCGUACCCACCGGCCCACCUACUGCCCGUUCAUACACACCAAGCAGCAGCCUACCAGCACUCGCCACCUCCUCCCAACACAGUCGCCACCAAUACCGUGAUACCGCCCAACCAUAUGCCAGCGACACGAUCAUAAUCCCCUCCAGCCCCAAAACCAUGCUCGACGACCCGAACGAACCCGUAGUGAUCCCCCCGCCUUCACAGAAAUUUGGGCCUGAAUCGGAUGAGGACUCUAGUGAUACUAGUAGCGAUGCGGGGUUGCGGACGCCGGGGAGGAAGUAUAGGGCUGCCGGGAGUGCGGCGAGUUUGUAUACUGCUACUGCUCCUGGGAGUGGGGCGAGGUAUAACGCGGGGGCGGCUUUGAGUGCGGGUGGGACGCCGAGGGCAGGGUUGUAUGGGAAGAGUGGGAGCGCAGGCGGUGGUGGGGAGGGGUAUGUGAGGAGUGGAGGAGGGGAGGGGUAUGCUUCGCUUUAG